AUGGAAGUAAACAAAUGGAAGACACUGUUGGAGAGUAUUUCAAUAAUCUUAUUAUGGCGGUCCUUCUUUCAGGAUGCCAAGAAAGAUGGCGAUGGGAAUAUAGUAUGGUGCAAGAUGCAUGACCUUGUGCAUGAUCUUGCAUGCUCUGUUGCAGGGAAUGAAUGCUCGAUUAUGCAGGUCAACAAUGUAUUGAGUAACCCUAACAUAUCUUGCCAUUUGUUCUUGGAGUUGAGCAUCCCUCGUAAUCUUUUGGUACAUUUUAUGUGCUUAUGCGUGUUGGAUUUAAGCUAUGCAAAUGUCAAUAUCGGGUUGUUGGUUUCAAUUGAUUUACCCAAGCACAUGAGCAAAAUGAUUAGCCUAUAUCUUGAAAUCAAUAGAUAUGAUGGAUUGAUCCAUAUGCCAGCUAAUAUUGGGGAAUUAAAGUUCCUUAAGACCUUGCCAAUAUUUAUUGUUGGUAAGGAUAUUGGAUGUGCUAUAAGAGACCUGCAAGGCCUAAACCUUCGAGGAAAAUUGACCAUUCGAAACCUUGAGAACGUGGUGUGUGCAGCAGAUGCCCAAGAAGCAAACUUGAAGGAGAAGCGAAACCUUCGUAUGUUACACUUUUCAUGGGGUCAGGAUAUUGAUCUUAACUUGGAAGGAAAUGUCGAGCAAAUGCUUGAAGGUCUCCGACCACAUCUGAAUCUCAAAAGGUUGGUGGUCAAAGAAUAUGUGGGUGUCAGAUUUCCGCUUUGGAUGAGUUCUUCAUUGCUUCCGAAUUUGGUUAAAAUCUCGCUGAUCAAUUGCAGAAGAUGUGAACAGCUACUCCCACUCGGCCAGUUACCAUUCCUUAAGGUUCUUAUGGUACAAGGAAUGGAUGCUAUAAAAUGCAUUGACAACCAUUUCUAUGGCAAUGCUAUCACACAAGGAUUCCCGUCAUUGGAAAAACUCACCUUCCGAGAUAUGCCUAAUUUGGGGGAGUGGUCAGGAUUCAACAGAAGAGAAAUACUUCCUCGCUUUGAUCAAUUAACUGUCUGUAGAUGCCCAAAGUUGACGAUGCUUCCAUGGCUUCAAUCUUUAAUAGAAUUGAGAUUGAUAGAUAGUAACAAGAUGUUGUUCGGUUCAGUGGAAAACCUAACCUCGCUUUCCUCCCUUUGGAUUGAAGGUUUUGAGGAGCUAAGGUCGCUGCCGGACGGGUUAUUCUGA